CGCCCGCCUCCCUGCGAAAUCUUUCCAAGAAUUCCUCGAGCUUUUACAUCUCUUAACAACUUCCUCCAAACAUCAUCGUAUCGUCAAAGAAUAGGGUUCCCUCGUUUUCAGAUUUAUCUAUCGACAUACCGUUACUGUUCUCAUUUGAUCCUUGUGUGUGUUUUCCAUUUUGAUCCUAGUCCGUCAACCUCAUGCAAUUGUUGCUUUCGAUCAAUUAGCCUGCGCCGCUUUCUCACUACGUCAGCACCAAUCCACGUUGUCGCCCCAACCUCAUUGAAUAUCCAAGCCUCUUUCGACACUCACACCUGUUUAUUCCCCGGAAUCCUCGGCGGAUCAGAAGAAAAGGGACAUACUUCAACACAUAUACGAUAUAGUGAAGGAUUGAACGCUAUCGACGACCAAUUUAUUUACAGGCUGUCGAAUGAUACCCUCUACAAUUUGUUGUUGAUCUAAUAGUUUACUACUAUUCACGCUCGUUCCACUCACACCACCGCCAUAUUCCACAAACAGAACGACACCGACGUCUACGUCUACGUCCCCAAAGACGAAUCUACACUUCCCACGACAAAUUCACGAUAAGUCGCAAACAUGACCCAACCGCAGCAACCCGCGUACGCGCCGCAUCAGCUUCCGCCGAUUCCGCCGCAACCGACCCAGGAGCAGCGCCCCCAGGCGCAACAGAGGCCGUCCAUUAGGCCCAGAUCGAAGUCUGGCUUCAGCAUCCGGAGUCACAAGUCGCAGGAUAGCUAUGGGAGCACGCCAAAGGUUGAGAUACAGGAGACGCCGCGCGAGAAGGCCGCGCGCAGGUUGAGUACGAAGGCAGACCCUCGUUUGGCCAUGUCCGAGGCACAGCCAUCUGAUAUUGCCAAUGACCAUUCGACACGUUUGGCGUCACUGCGUGAGGUUCAACAUAGAGAUACAUACGGCCUCCCAAUCGCCGACCCAGAUCGCUCAAACCCUACACGAAGCAGAUGGGAGAGGCCGCUCGAUACAAUUAGAUCCUUUGAGGCAGCUAUAGAUGGAAACUAUGCCCGGAAAUCAGGACGUUAUGAUGGGGCGACAGAAUCUCGCCGCUCGAGUUACUAUGGAGGAUCCACUAUGAACGGCAUGGCACCCAGGAACCAUCAAGGCAAUGGUUAUGGCGGACGCCAGUCUUACCGAAACGAUGGGUAUGCAUAUGGCAAUGGGUCUAGGCCCGACAGCUACUACAACAAUAACAGUAACAAUGGUUACUUCCCAAACCGCUCACGUUACCCUCGCAACGACUCGGAGCCGGCCCUGAACACCAUGGCUGGAGUCUACCCGCUAAAUGGCAACGCGCAAUCAUAUGAGACUGUAACCACCGCUGCCGGAAGUGGCAGUUCUGCGGAGCCUCUUGGUUACAGCACCGAUCCAAGCAGCGACAACAGCUCAUUUGACAGAGUCGCGCCGAUCUCAAAGGCUGACUACGGUAACAACUCUCCGUCAAACGGACAGUAUGGUUAUCAAAGCAGCCAGCAGCAAUACCCAGUUGGAGGCGUCCAACAGGGCUACCAGGCAGCCGGAUACCCAUCUCAGAACAGCGGACCCCUACCGCCGGUCAAGGACAGAGCCCCCCCGCGCGUCCCGAUCAAGCUGGGUAAAUCCGCGCCCGGUGAACCGACGCCGCAAUACGAUCUCCCCAAAGCCGCGCCGGACAAGCGCAAGAGCUGGUUCUCGAAGCGAUUUAGCAAAUCGUAGAGGAUCCGAUCUUAACAUGCUUUAGGGUGGAGUUUGUUUUUCUUUUCUUAUGGUAAUGGCUUUAUGUGAAAAAUACGGGGGGUUGCAAAUGAAGAUUGGGACUUUAGCUGGGGGCUGGAAAGUUUUUUUUUUUUUUUUUUCUGCGACUUGGAUUCGUCAAACGGCGUUUCGGGGGAUAUUCUUUGUAUUAGAAUAUAGGGCGGCUUGCUUUUCACUGGAGGGGGAGCUUAUAGGAAAG